UCAAGGUCCCUGCAAGUUAGAUAUAAGCACUGGUGUUUCCUUGCCUGGCAUCAGAAAGGAACAAUUCUUCACGAUGAAAUUUGUAGUGCUUUCCCUCCUCGUCGCCGUGGCCUGUGCCGACCGACUGUACGAUGCCCCAGCGGCUCGUGCUGACUCCGACGAAAUCGCCAUCUUGAGGGACGACCGAGUGAUCGAGGACGACGGAAGGUACAACUUCGACAUGGAGACUGCCAACGGAAUCGUCAUGUCUGAGUCUGGUUCUCCUGUAGGAGACGAGGGAGCCAUCAACAGUGCCGGAUCCUUCUCGUACACCGCUCCCGACGGCACCAAGGUCCACCUCCAGUACGUAGCUGACGAGCGCGGCUUCCAGCCACAGGGUGACCACCUGCCAGUGGCCCCCGAGUUCCCCCACCCGAUCCCUCAGUUCGUCCUCGACCAGAUUGCCUUCGCCGCUGAGGAGGACGCCCGCAAUGCCCGUGGAGAGGUCUCCCGCUCCUAUGGUGCUCCUAAUGAUGACUAAAUGAACUGCUCUGCUACAGAAUUUGUCUCUCUAAAUCUGCCAACAUGAUUAUGCCGCACAACAGCAUUUUAUCUGUUGAUUUAGCUUAGUUCCUUAUUUAUUGUUGUACAAAUACAUAUGACUUUGCCUAUUA